AUGUCAAUACCAAAAGUGGUAACCCCGAGCUACACUCGGGCUUACCAUGCAGCGUUGCAUAGGGAGUCCCUGCAGCACUUACCUUGUCCUUCACUCCCACGAUGUGUCCCCUGCAGCAUCCCUGGCCAUCUCCUCCGGCCGAUUCCGGCAUCCGGCUUCUUCCGUGUUUCGGUCCCUGUGACAUCGGGACAUACGGGUGCCGGAACUGGCGGCAAAUUUGAAAUUUUUAAAAAAUUUAAUUUUUUUAAAAAUGAUUAUUACAUAUGCUUUGUCCUGUGCCCUGCCUGCAUUUUGACUGUUCUUUCU